GAUCGCGUUUUUUUUUUUUUCGCUUCUGUUAGAUUAUUUUCGCUGGGAGACGAGGUGAGGCGAUAAUAGGCGAUUCUGGUGAAAGCAUCCGGGACCAUACCCAUACCCGAGGAUCGCCCCCGCGGACUUUCGCGCUUUAGUUAGGCGCGGUAAUAAAAUGCGAGCCUCGAGCGAGCUCGCGCCGCUUCAACGGAUUUCCGAACGGGAGACUCGCGAGUGAACGUUCCGUGAUUACGAGUGAUUUGCCCGGAUCGAUCGUCGAUGGCGAAAUGUGAGGCAGAGAAUGGUGGGUUUAUCUUCGAUCGGGAUCUAUGAUUUGGCGAACGUAUAGGCGCGGGUGUUGCAGGCCUCUACAUCUCGCGUCGCGUUGCGAGCGAAUUGUAUUCGAUGUUCGAUCGCGCACGUGUUUCCUUCACGUGUUGCCGCCGCUCUCCCGCCGGAGAUCAUUCCAGCGAAGGAUUUUCCCGUGAAGGAAUUUCCUUUGAGAGAAUUAUCAUAUUCGGAAUUCCGACUGAAACAGUCGGAAUCGAUAGAUUCCGUGAACUUUGACAUAAUCUGUCUGUGAGCCAGUCUCUUCGCGCCGUAAAUCCUCCAAAGUCCGUUCUCCAAAAUCCGCGCGUCUCUCUCUGGAUCUUCUUCGCGCGAUCCGCAAGGCAACACCACCUUUCUCGAUAGUGGAAGAUGCCUUAAUCGAAUCGAUCGCGAAUCCCCUAGCAACCAAAGAUGACGUCCGAUCGCUGGAUCCGUUCGCCGAUGUUCCUCCUCGCCGUCGCUUGCGUUUUCCACGCUUUUGUCUCCGGCGAGCAGCGCUUUAUCGAGAAGCCGCCGCUUUAUCAAGAAGUGUCGACCAAUGACGACGUACAGUUGCGUUGCAUAGUGCAGGACAAAGCCGGCCAGUGCAUUUGGCAAAAGGACCGAAGGCCGGUGGGCAUGCACCCGGACAAGUACGAGUGGGCGAGCAACCGCGGUGGCGAUUGCACCCUGCUGAUAAGACGUGCUAAUUUAUAUUUUGAUGAUGGCUUUUGGGAGUGCCAAGUCACAUCCAGCGACUUCACCCGUCAAGACGCGCUCUCGUCCGAACAGUCCAGGCUGCUCGUCAGAGUAAAGCCCAGGAAACCUCAACUGGAAUACGGAGGGGCCGAGCUGGGCGCCACCCUAACGCUAAAGGACGGGCAGGAAGCAAUGAUUGCCUGCGUUUCGAGAUACGGAAAUCCACCCGCCAUCAUAAAGUGGUUCGUUGGGAACGAUGAAGUGGAACCCGCCGCGGUGCAGAGCAACGCAACGGAGGUGGAUAAUCGAAAGACCUGGGCGGCUCAUAGCGUUCUACGGGUGCGUGGUCAGAGGGAGAAUCACGGUCUACCGAUCCGAUGUGUGGCUGCGCAUCCAACGAGCUUAACGCCGAUCGGCACAGAAUCGCGGCUAGACAUUCAUUAUUCACCAGAAGUACGUUUGGAAACGAAUCCACAACCGCUCUCGGCUGCUCCGGAGGACUCGGCAAGCUUCUUGAGCCUGAAGUGCCUGGCAGAUGCUAAUCCGCCCGCCAACAUCAAAUGGUUCAAAGAUUCCGUGCCGUUCAGUGCAUUGUUGGCCGACGGCACAUCUUCGUCGUUGCCGAUACAAGGCAAAACGAUACUUUUGAAUGACACUGUAUGGAGUGCCGAAUUGCUCUUCGAACCGGUCAAGAGAGACGAUGCUGGCCUGUACUCGUGCAAAGCGACGAACAUCGUCGGUGAAAGCGCUCCCGCGAGUUAUAGGCUCGAUGUGCAAUAUGCGCCGAUGUUGAAGAAGAUGAAUGGAAACGACACUUCUAUGGACAUGGAGGAAACGGCAUUGCUAAGUUCCGCUGUAGAUCUUUUCGAAUGUCCCGAAUUCGAGGCCAAUCCGCCUGCUCAGUACAAAUGGGUUCAUCUCCGUGGUAGUGUGACGGAAACCAUCGGAAAUCGUGUACAGAAUAAGGGUGGCGGUCGACGUCUGCAUCUAGAGAACAUCAUGUGGUCCGAUGAAGGAGAAUAUCGUUGUAUCGCCUUCAAUACGAUCAACGGCAUCAGAAGAGAAAUCACCAGCGAUGGACGUUAUGUGCUGCACGUAACUGGACCGCCAGAAAUACAAGCUAGACCAUUGCCUGGCGAAAAGGACUUCUAUGAAUCUGUCGGAUGGGCAGGCGAACACGUGCAUAGACUCAAGUCUCGAUUCUGUUCGCGACCGCCACCGAAACUAGUCGCUUGGCAAUGGGGCAGUUCCCACAUUCGAGCCGGAGAAAGCAUUCAUCCGAAAUACGAGGCUCUACCAUUGGAACCCAUCGUUGAGAAUAAAAUGGUGACAAACUGCUACUGGGCUAAGUUGGAGAUCAAGGAUUUGCGAAAAGAAGACGCCCGUAUGUAUACCUUAUUGGUGGAAAGCGAGAAGGGCCGGGACUCGACAAAUAUCAACUUGAUAGUAAAAGACCCCACAGAGACGCGCGUGAUAGCCGCGGCUGUGGCAGUCGGCCUCUUGUUUAUGUUGUUACUGAUCUCUGUCGGCGUGUACUCGUUGCUGAAGAUGCGACGUAGACGAUAUCUGCAAAAAGUAGAAGAGGAGGGCAGUAUCGCGGCCGACGCGCUCUAUAGUAAUGGCGCGUCGAUGGAUCAGCAGAAGUCCAUCAAUUCAUCCCACGCAAAAACCAUCGCGAGGAAGUCCAGCUUAGACGGCAGUCAGGGUGUGUAUGAUUACAGUUGCAUUGCAAAGCAAACGCGUGCCAUCAGCCCGGAAGCACUCAAAGUUAGAAGAGCGCCGGCGGUCCUGCAGCCGCCCACUAUCGUAUAAAAUAUAUGGAUCUUCAUCUCUUUUACCUACUUGAAUCCUUUCCCUCAUCAUCGAAUCCCUUUUCUAACAAAUUUUACUUUCUUUGUUUUUUUUCAUCAAACUUUCUUUCUUAA